AUGUUACUCGAUGAAGAAACCAGUCACUUAACAAACGCUAUUGACAAGGUGGCUGUUACAGAAAGACUGCAAAAGACGCUGCCCCUAAAAGCACAGUGUUCACUUCAGCCUGAGGUACCUUCCCGCCGCGUCCCCCCUCGCUCCUUCCACUCACUGAACACUCCCGCCACACUUUUCACUCUCUUUCCAUCUGAAACCGACAACUUCCUUCCAGUCAUUCCUACAGGUAUACUAUCACCAGACGAUAGCCAUGGAAAUCCAAAAAAAAUCAGCAGUAUCUACAGACAGUACAAGAAUGAUACUGACUCUUUGGCUUCAUGGCUAGCUUCUACAGCUAGACAUCACGGCUACCCGUUGGCCCCCUUGCUCAGGAGUUCCGGAAACACGUCGACUGCAAAGUCUACCGGAAGACUCAAGGGCAAAGCACGCCGGGAAGCGCACAAUGCUGGACCAAAACCCGCCAAGUACAUCAUCCCUCUGCACGACUUCACGCAACUAGCCAACUUCAUCGCGAAGAAACGCCAACGUAUUGACGUCCCAUCAUCACUAAUCUCGACACUCAACCGGUUGAAUACCCUACGAGCCGGAUUCGCUAAGCUUCUGGCACAGCACGGUCAAGCGUUCAACUCCGAGUCGGAAGCGAGGCAUCAGCAUUUCGUGAAUGCAUUAAAGGAUGUGAGAUCCAUCCUACAGCCUCAUCCUUCUGUCGAAACAGAGGAGCAAUCAAAGCCAGCGUCGGAGGAUGAGAAAGCCCCAAAGCCUCCGGGGGGUGGCUUGAUGAACCGAUUCUCCGCACUCUCUGUCGAUGAGCCGAGCCAAGAUUUCCUGGAGAGAUUCGCCAAGGAGUGCGACCACGCCGCCCGACCUUCACAGCUGGUAGACGACGUUUCAGUUUUCGAGGCGGACUUGGAGAAAGCAGAGGAGGAACUGAUGUUUCUAUGUAGUGCGCUGCUGAGAGAUUCGAACGAGAUCAGAUCCUACAUCCACCCCAUGUGGCCCCAUAAAGAAACGACUUGGGAUCCCGGCGCUUUCUCCGUCUCCACGAACGUUGCGAUAUAUCACUCGGCCGCGGACUUAUUGAUGAAGUUGAGCCUCUCCUGGCGAAGGCCAAAGGAGGAUCGCUGUUCAUGA